CCGCACCCAGCAGGGAACCCUGGCCAGCCGGGCGGACGCCGGGGGCUUUUAGCACGGCGGUGCGACCGGGUGGACUCUGGGGACUAUGCGCAAGCGUUUCCUGAUGUGUCUGGCCCGUAAACUUGCCGUGAUGUCUUCCAGCUGAGGCUGGAGGAGGCCGGGCUGGCUUUUCUUACCUUUCUUAUCUCAUCGGCCACGGGUGGGCUGUUCCCUGGGAGUUUGGGGCUUUUUUUAACAGCAUUGCACCGGCAUUUCUUUUUUCCAGAAGGGUUUGCCCAGUCGAGGCUCGCUGAUGUCAUGGGGUCGCUGACCUUUUUGCUCCUUGCUGACUGCCCAGGGCGGGGGGGGGGUUGUUUUGCGAGCAGGGGAUGCUAUUCAAGGCUUGGUUUACGGCCGUUGCUGCAGCAGCGUUGCUCGCAGGACAGCGUUCUGCAGGAGAGGUGGACUCGUGCAGAAGGUGUGUUACGGGGAGGCAUGAAUCGGUGGUGACGUGUUGUAGCCUUGGGCUCAGGCUGGUUCCCCAAGGUGACACCGGGGUCCCCGUAGCCGGCUCCGAUCGCGGAGAGGCCAUGGCCGCCUAGCGCUCCCCGGGACCACGGGGGUUGGCAGGCCAGAGAUGGCGGCGCAGAGGAUCCGGGCAGCCAACUCGGGUGGCCUGCCGCGGUGCAAGUCGGAGGGGACGCUCAUCGACCUCAGCGAGGGCUUCGCCGAGACCAGCCUCUGCGACGUCAAAGUGCCUUCUCCUAGUGCCUUGCUGGUUGACAAUCCCACGUCCUUCGGAAAUGCGAAGGAAGUAAUAGCAAUCAAAGAUUACUGUCCGACUAAUUUCACCACUUUGAAGUUCUCCAAGGGGGACCACCUUUAUGUCUUAGACACGUCGGGAGGUGAGUGGUGGUAUGCUCACAACACCACAGAAAUGGGUUACAUCCCUUCCUCCUACGUACAGCCAGUAAACUACCGCAACUCUUCCUUAACGGACAGCGGGAUGAUAGACAAUCUACUGGAGAGCCCUGACGAGGGGGUCAAGGAGUUAGACCUGCUUGGAGAAUGGACUGACGUGAAAAGAAACUCUGUGAAAACCUGCAAUAACAACCCGUUCUUGAACGGAGUCCAGACAAACCCAUUUCUGAAUGGGAAUUUGCAAACAGUGCCCAGCUUGGACAAAGAGUCCAACUCCAAUGUCGCCGUUGACUUGCUGCUUUUUGACACGGGGGCUCCUACUUCAGCUGUUUCCAGCUUGGCUGCUAAUAGCAGCCUGGGCAACAUUUUUGAUGAGUUUCCAUCCACAAACAGGCUGGAUCUGGAACAGCCUGUGAAAAGGGACAAUCCAUUCUUCAGAAGUAAACGCUCCUAUAGUCUGUCUGAACUGUCCGUUCUUCAGGCCAAGUCAGACGCUCCAGCAUCAUCGGGUUUCUUCAGCGGUUUGAAGUCUCCCACCCCUGAGCAGUUCCAGAGCCGGGAAGAUUUUAGGACGGCGUGGCUGAACCACAGGAAGCUGGCUCGGUCUUGCCAUGACUUAGAUUUGCUUGGUCAAAAUCCUGGCUGGGGUCAGACGCAACCAGUGGAGACCAACAUUGUCUGCAAGCUGGAUAGCUCUGGUGGAGCCGUUCAGCUUCCAGACACCAACAUCAGCAUCCACGUGCCAGAGGGCCACGUGUGCCCUGGGGAAACACAGCAGAUCUCCAUGAAAGCGAUGCUGGAUCCACCGCUGGAGCUGAACAGUGACAAGUGCAGCACCAUCAGCCCUGUCCUGCAGAUCAAACUCAGCAAUAUGGAGGUGAAAACCUUCAUCAUUCUAGAGAUGAAAGUGUCGGCAGAGGUCAAGAAUGACAUCAUGAGCAAGAGUUUGGUAGGACUGCAGUGUCUGCGGAGCGACAUGAAAGAGGGGCCAUACACGCCGAUGCAGUUGAGCUACUCAUAUGGGGACACGAUCCAGGUGCAGCUGGAGAACCUGGAGCCUUGCAUGUACAUCGCGGCAGUAGCCCAGGGGCAGAACAUCCUCUACCCUUACACCGUUUGGGAUUACAUCAGCAAGAAGAUCACGGUUGGCGUCUAUGGCCCAAAACACAUUCACCCGUCCUUUAAAACCGUCGUGGCCAUGUUUGGGCACGAAUGUGCCCCCAAGACUCUCCUGGUGAACGAGGUCACAAGACAGUCCCACAGCCCAGCUCCUGUCGCCCUCCAGCUCUGGGGUAAGCAUCAGUUUGCUCUCUCCCGGCCUCAGGACCUCAAGCUCUGCAUGUUCUCCAACAUGACCAACUACGAGGUGAAAGCUAGCGAGCAAGCCAAAAUUGUGCGGGGCUUUCAGAUGAAGCUGGGCAAGGUUAGCCGCCUUAUCUUCCCCAUUGCGUCCCACGACCCCAAUGAGCUCUCAGACUUCACGCUAAGGAUACAGGUCAAAGAUGACAAGGAUGCCAUUUUGACCCAAUUCUGUGUCCAGACGCCGCAGCCGCCUCCGAAAAGUGCCAUCAAACCGACGGGGCAGAGGCGGUUCCUCAAGAAGAACGAGGUCGGAAAGAUCAUCCUUUCACCUCUGGCUGCCACCGCCAAGUAUCCAGUUUUUCAGGACCGGCCGGUGUUGAGCUUGAAGUAUGGCAAGCUGCUGAAGACGGUGGUGAGGCAAAGCAAGAACCACUAUUUGCUGGAGUACAAGAAAGGAGAUGUCAUAGCCCUCCUCAGUGAGGAGAAGAUCAGGUUAAAAGGGCAGCUGUGGACCAAGGAGUGGUAUAUUGGCUACUACCAGGGAAAAAUAGGCCUUGUGCACACCAAAAACGUGCUGGUGGUUGGGAAGGUCAAGCCCAGCUACUUCUCUGGGCCAGAUCUCACCACCAGCCUGUUGCUCGAGCAGAUCCUGAGGCCCUGCAAGUUCCUGACCUACAUCUAUGCCUCUGUGAGGACUCUGCUCAUGGAGAACCUCAGCAGCUGGCGCUCCUUCGCUGAUGCGCUGGGGUACUUGAACUUGCCGCUCACUUUUUUCUGCCGAGCGGAGUUGGACAGCGAGCCGGAGCGAGUGGCCUCCGUCUUGGAGAAGCUGAAGGAAGACUGCAACAACGCUGAGAACAAGGAGAGGAAGUCUUUCCAGAAGGAGCUCAUGACGGCCCUGCUGAAAAUGGACUGCCAGGGGCUGGUUGUCCGGCUCAUCCAGGAUUUUGUGCUGCUGACCACGGCCGUGGAGGUGGCCCAGCGCUGGAGGGAGCUUGCGGAGAAGCUCGCCAAAGUCUCCAAGCAGCAGAUGGAUGCCUACGAGGCCCCGCACCGGGACAAGACAGGGACAGUGGACAGCGAGGCCAUGUGGAAGCCAGCGUACGAUUUCCUUCUCACCUGGAGCAGCCAGAUGGGCGACAGCUACCGUGAUGUGAUCCAGGAGCUGCACACCGGGCUGGACAAGAUGAAGAACCCCAUCACCAAACGCUGGAAGCAUCUCACCGGCACCCUGAUCCUCGUCAACUCCUUGGACAUGUUGCGGGCAGCUGCCUUCAGCCCACAAGACCAUGAGGAUUUUGCAAUCUAGCUCCUGCAGCAACAUUUUUGUCCACUUCUCGUUUGCUGGGGUUUUUUUCUGUGCUUUUUUCCCUUUUUUUUUAAGCAGUUGACUUCAAAAAGAAGUGGAGGUUGCUCUCCCCAGGUUUUAAGAGGCCAAAGUUUGCAAGUUCUCCACUGGGACUAGAAAUCAGCAGGAGACAUCCCUCCUUGAUGGGAAGGCAUCCAGAGGGGAAUGGCUUUUCCUACAGCAUUCAUACCGGUUAAACUAUUUCUUACUAAAAAAACUUUAAAGGGGGCAAGGGAGUGGGGAGGGAUCACAAAAGAGAUCACAUUUUUUAGGCAUUUGCAAAUAAAAGUCUAAUUUUUGUAACAAGCAGUAAAGGUUGUAACCACUUUGGGGGGAAGCUGUGGUUGUUUUUUAUGUUGUAGAAACUGCUUUUAAAUUAUCAUUUUUGAGAUGAACGUGAGUAAUGUAAAUAUGUAUUUUAAGAAGAAGCACAGUAAAUGCCCUCCCCCACUGUCAGGCUUUGGCAGACUCCCAGACAUGACUGUAAAGCACCCUAUGAACUCGGGAUGUCCUCAGCCCAACAAGCAUCUUACACCAAAAAGGAGCUUGCUUUUUUUUUUUUUUAACAGGCCCUGUGACCCGUUUGGUUGUUUUUUGUUUUAUUUUCAUGUCUCUGCAAACAUGCAUUUUCUCAUUUGUGGACAGGGAGAUGCUCAUCGCCUGUUUGCAGAUGCAUGGGUACUGUUUUUAACCAGGAGAAGCGGCUGCUGCCCCUUGCGCUUUAUCCCACCCGGGUGCUGCAGGACAUCUCUGGAAGAAGCUGGAGGUUUGGGGUUCACCAGAGACCUCCUUAGGAGGUAGACCAGGCGGAUGGUGAGAGUGGCUCGCCCUGCCAUGGCAGCAAACUCUCCAGAUGCUCCUGCUUUGGAGAAGAGGCCAGAAAAGGGGAUAGAAUUGUUGCCAUCCAUAUAUCCCUUUACACACAGAAACAAAAAAAAAAAAGAAGGAAAAGAGAAGAUGUUUCUCCUAAUUUGAAAUCCGAGCUCACUGGAGAUGUUCCAGAUGUGCUUCGUGACUUAAUGCUCAUUGCCGUUGUUUUCAGAGGGCUUCAAGUGGGGCUCUUCAAGGCUCCUAAAGUCCAGUUUAACUUGUAAAUAGUCUUUGCUAUAAACCUGGUGCCAACGAGCUAAAUAUUUGUGGCACAGAGUGCCCGGACAUUUUCCCCCGUUCGUUUUAUAGCCGAGGCUUUUGAAUGACCUCCCCUCCUCUUCCCGCUCCCCAGCUUUCAAAUAUUUUACAUGGGAGGGAAAUAUUUUUUAUUUUUGCACAGAACAAUUAUUUUAAGUGCAAAGUCUCUUUAUAGUGAAACGCUGCUACCACAGAAAGGUUAGUUUUUAAAGGAUAAUUUUCUUUCAGGUUAAUAAAAAAAAAAAAGAGAGAAAGAAUGGGAAAGGCAUCCAGUGGAUCGUGCCAGCACAGCGGCCUCAGGAGGGAAUGGUCUCCUUUCCUCUUCCCAAAAUCACGUCCCCAGAAAUGAUCACUCUCGAUGGACCCCACAAGAAGUAAAUAGCACCUUAAAUUUCUCCUCAGGGGCUUUAAGGAGUUUCCUAUGCAACUUAACAUAGCACAGAGAGAGGGUCUGUCAGCAGCCAAGCCCACUACCCAUCCCCUUUCUCUUUCCCUAAGGCACCCUAAGAGCACAUUUUUCCAUGCACGAGCAAAAAUCCCCAUUGCAGUAGGGAAUACCUCCUGCAGGAGGGUGCGUGCAGGCAAAGGGACAGCUUUCUCCUGAGGUUUUACCCAUAUCUUGGCUUUCACCAUUCUCCUGGCAAGGUCCGGAGCUCUGCAGAACGCCUGUGCUGGGGACCCCUGAGGGUGUCAGCAGCAGGCGAGGGCAGGAGUUGGAGCCUCCUGUGUUUCAGGGAUGUCCCUGAAUUAUUUCAGUUCGUUUUGGUUUUUUUUAAACCCCCCCACCUUGGUUUUUCUAACUACCUCAGGUACUCCAUAUACCCAGCUUAACAUUUCAGCAGCAGCCUAAACCAUGCUGUGCUCAGCUCGGAUGGUGUGCACUCUGAGACCCGUGGGAGCACAGCCGGCGCAUUUUGAGGCCCGUGGGGUGACCGCUGCAUAAAUUUGUCCCUGUCCUCGGUCUGAAAUCUAGUCCCUCCUCACAUGCUGGGACUGGGUGUAUGUCCCUUGGAUGCCUUCUGCCUGCUAAACAUCAAGGCCUUCUCCAAAACUUCUGUCUGGGCUCUGCAUUACCACCCUUUGUGCAGUAACUGGUUAUUGUACUUACCUUUUAAUGUUCCUUUUUUUUUUUCCUUUUUUAAAGAAAAAAAUUUUUGGAAAAAAAAAAAUACUCCAAUUAAAGCUGUUACUAUUCCAGUA